AUGAACUCACAACAGGCACAGCCAGCGAUUGGUUUCCAAGAAGGCGUGAUCUCAGAGCAAGGCUGGAUGGAAGCCCACGCUAGUGCUCUAUCUGUUACAGAGAAUGAGAGUGCUGGCAUCGAUACGGCUGCGUACUGCUAUUCCCGACCAUUCAGCAACAAGCACACUCUGAAGCCUCCUGAACCCGAGCGUCCAGUCAAGGUACCAAAAAUGAUGAAGCCGCGGUCGGCAGCCUCCCAAACCAAUGGGGAAGAAGGAGCAAGGUCUGAUCCUCCCGCAGACUGGGAGUUCUUAAGGCCGAAUUUAAAGAGUGUGGAUGCUUGCUUCGAUCUUGACGCAUCAUGCGAAGACGCCUUCACAGAUCAGUUGACAAGAGUGCACUAUAUGCCUGAUUUAUCCUUGUUUUCUCUGAUAGAUGAGCAAAUAUCCACCUCAGCACAUACUCCCGUCAAUGGAAAUGCUAGUAUUGACCUGGGAGUACUUCAUGCGCAGUCAUCAACAAAGGAUCAAUGGGCAGCAGAUCAGCUUGACGAGAAAUACUUGGAGCUGCUUGACCCAUACAUGCUUAGCCAGCACCCAUCUGACUGUUGUCCUCAAGAUUCUGCACCCAUACAACCUUUGUCAACGAAGCUCGAUGUCUCUUCCUCCUCGACGAAUCCUUUACAAACAUCGCCGUUACUUACAGAGGAAAUGCAACCGCUUUCAAUUCAAGCUGCACGACAUCCACCUACCCAGUAUGAAGUUGUCAGAAACUACUGGUCUGGUGAAAUGCUCUCGAACAGUUAUCUUGAUAGGAUUCGUGGUGCAGUGGACCCGGCCUUCUCCAAUGACAAUUGGGGCGAUGAGUAUUAUUUCACUGAUUCGGUUGGCUUCAAGGGCCUCAAGGACAUCAAGCCGAAUUCAGAUCACAAAAUUGAUGACGUAGCCACUCUUGAAGGACUGCAGCUUCGGGCAACAGCUAUACCUCAUCGCACCGUGGAGGAAAGCUGGAACAGCUAUUAUGCAACGGUGGACAGAGUGGCCAACGGAGACCGGAAGGGAAAGGUCCAAUUCUCGUCCUUCGAGGGAGCGUGGCAAGGUACUCGGCAGCCUACCAUGCUGAUGGACGGUCAAUCUUUACACGGAGGACUUCAACAUGGAAUCCAAGCACAGAAGGGCACUCGUUGCCGCAAUUUGAUGCAAGGCAUCCGUCCAGCAAUGCCUGUUGCUCCAAGCAUACAUUCAGUACAAUUUGGUACUGCACCGUUUAUUCCAAGGAGUAUUGACAGCAGCGGUAACAAUGGGCUGGUGGGAGAUGGGAUAUUCGACCACAACGCCCAACUGUAG